AUCAGAGUUCUAGCAUAUUUUAUUGUCUGCAAAAUCAACAGACUUACAGUUCCAUGGACUUAAUUAGGCAGUGGAAUUUGCAACCUAAGAUAAGAUUUUUUAAUGAGAAACUCUGACAUGCCCUGUGGACUAGUCAUAAACCUUUCCAUUUAGUCAUCAUGCUUGGAAAUAAUUGUUGCAUGCCAAUAAAAAUGUCAUUUUCUGAUUCUUGCAGUGUUCAGCUGUAGACAUGGCUGAGUAAUUCCAUUGUCCAUUUUGGUUUGUGUAAAACCUUCAUGCAGAACGAGUAGUUUAAACAGAAGGCAAAGGUGUGUUCCCUAUACCUGGUGGCAAGUGUGUGCUGUCCUGUGUUUUUUGCUUUGAUUUGUUUUGUGGUUUUUCAUUAGGAUGAACAGCUGGCAGCUGGGACCAAGCGCAAAUUAGGGCCUACAGAGUAAUCCUUGCUUCAGUUCUUUGUAUUUUUGUGGAUGGACCGAGUUAGUUCACAAGAGCUGCUCUGGUGGCACAGGCCUCCCGUAACUUAGUUAUACCCUCUAAUUCCAGAUAUUUGCUUUUGCCAUUGUACUCCUUUAUGCAAAUGGUUUCACAGACUCAUGAAAAAAAAAAAGCAGGGUUGAAGGAGGGUUCUGUUGCUUCUGUGUCUGCUGCAGAAAAGAAUGAAGCUUGUGGUUCACUUGCAUCAUAGGUUCCCUUUCUGUAUUUUUCCUGUAGCAGACAACCGUGCAUUUGCACAAUGGCAGAGCUCUUUACUGUGUCCUUGCAGUGUGGGAUCCUGCAAACUGGCACAAAAAUAAGAGCUCUUCUAGGAUCCAAGCAGAGUACAGAAGACAGCAAAUUACCUAAGAUGUGAGAAGUCCUCCUGUAGUGAAAUAAAAUCUUGUUUUCAAAAUGGACCGAAGUAAGCGGAAUUCAAUAGCAGGAUUUCCACCACGCUUGGAGCGCGCUGAAGACUUUGAUGGUAGCACUGGAGAAGGGACUGGUUCCCAGCUAGGAAGAGUUUGUACCUCUUCAUACAGAGCCCUGAUAAGUGCCUUUUCCAGACUUACUCGUCUUGAUGAUUUCACAUGUGAGAAAAUUGGCUCUGGUUUCUUCUCUGAGGUGUUCAAGGUAAGGCACAGAACUUCAGACCAAGUAAUGGCUUUGAAGAUGAACACACUGAACAGCAACAGAGCAAACAUGCUGAAAGAGGUUCAGCUUAUGAAUAGACUCUCACAUCCAAACAUCUUAAGGUUUAUGGGUGUCUGUGUGCAUAAAGGACAGCUGCACGCUCUUACAGAGUACAUCAAUUGUGGUAACCUGGAACAGCUACUAGAUGGCAACCAGCAUCUACCCUGGACAGUGAGGGUGAAACUGGCAUAUGACAUUGCUAUGGGAAUAAGUUAUCUUCACUAUAAAGGCAUUUUCCACCGAGACCUUACAUCCAAGAACUGCUUAAUCAAACAUGAUGAGAAUGGAUACUCAGCAAUAGUUGGAGACUUUGGUUUAGCAGAGAAAAUUCCUGAUCACAGUGAGAAGUUACCAGUUGUGGGUUCACCCUUCUGGAUGGCACCAGAAGUUCUUAGAGAUGAGCCCUACAAUGAAAAGGCAGAUGUGUUCUCCUAUGGCAUAAUUCUGUGUGAGAUUAUAGCAAGAAUACAGGCAGACCCAGACUAUCUCCCUCGCACAGAGAAUUUUGGAUUAGAUUAUGAUUCCUUUCAGCACAUGGUGGGAGACUGUCCUCCUGACUUCCUCCAGCUGGCCUUCAACUGCUGUAAUAUGGAUCCAAAGUUGCGUCCUUCAUUUGCUGAUAUUGUCAAAACACUGGAGGAAAUGUUAAACCGCCUGAGAAAUGAAGACUCAGAGAGAGACAGAAAGUUCUUGAACCUUGACAACAAUGAAAGAAAAUCAAAAGGAUCAAUUGACAAAGGACCAGGAGUAAAACGUUUGAGUUCCUUGGAUGAUAAGAUCCCACCCAAGUCACCCCGUCCGCGGCGGAAUAUCUGGUUGUCACGCAGCCAGUCGGAUAUCUUCUCUCGGAAACCUUCCAGGAAGAUAAAUGUGCAGGACCCCUACUACACUCCAAGCAAAGGGUUAGGCCGCAAAGUCAAUCCCUUCAGUGCCCGGGAGGACCUCAAGGGAGGAAAGAUCAAAUUCUUUGACAUGCCAAGCAAGUCUGUGAUUUCCCUCGUGUUUGACUUGCAUUCUCCAGAGGCAGGUGGAGGCCUGAAAGCCAGCCAGUCCCAGUUCCGGCAGGCAUAUAGCACAGACUGGCAAGACCUUUCCCUUCUUCCUGGGAGGAGAUGCAGAUCACUUCCACUCUCUCCUGAAUUACCACACAAGGAAUAUGGCCUGUUUGGGGGACUGUCUUCAACUGUUGGUAGGUGUGACCCAGCCCAGUUAGGUGCAGAGGUUCGGCAAAAACUCUUGAGUAGCACUAAAUAUGGUGUGUCAGAGAUUCCCCCCUUUCACGCCAAGCCUCAGAGACCAGAGUUUCUUCUUGCACCAGGACAAGAAGAGGAUAUGGACUGUUCAGAUGGCCCAGUGGCCCAGGAGGAAAAUGGGUUCUGCCCUGUUGAGAACACAUGUGGAGAUCCAGUAUGUGAUCAACCAUUAGUGCUGGCCCAGUCUGGGCCGCUGUCUUACAAAAAGCUCCCAGUUGAGAAUUCAGUGAACUCUGAGGGACGUGGCUCCCCACAAGUGUUUGCAGCUUAUCUCCCUUCUGAAGAGAUGGAGGUAGAAGAUGAUCUGCUGAACAUUACUCUGUUAGAGUCUACAAAGCCUCUGUUCAGUGUUAGUUCUCCCACUGAGUUGAAGAGAGAGGCAUGGCCCUUCAGGGAGCAGGAUGGGGACAGUCCUGCCCUGUUAUCUCAGACCUCCUCCAACAUCUCAGCAAGUGGCAGCACAAAGUCAGCUUGUGACAUAUGAAGAGAGAGCUCAAACUGAAUGUGUCCUUGAGUUGUUCACAGUUGCUUAAACUAAGCUUUUCUGGAGUGCUGGGCUUCAGAUUUGAAAGAAACUCAACAGAUGGUGGAAACUGGCUGUAGGACAGAUAGCUACAUACAGUGUCUGAAGAGACUGAUUGUUUUAUAAAACUUUAUUUCAAAUUGUGCUUAUUCCCUUUCCUGAUUUGCAUUAGGAGGGGGAACUACUCCAGCCAGAAUGGCCAUGUAUGUCCCACAGUCCUUUCAGGAGGCAGUAGUCAGAGCAGGCACCAUGUAAACAGGUUGGCCUGGAUUUCCAGUGUAGGGCAUUUUAAGGUCUUAAGCUCCAUGAAGAAUAGAAAGAAUGACCCUUAGAUUUUUCCCUCUUCGUCUAACUGAACAUCUGCUCUAAGCCACUGUAGAUUUUUCAUUAACAUUCUGUAAGUGCACCUGAGUCUGAGCCUCUGUUUCAGAAACAGGCACAGAAGUCUUUCUGAGCUAUGUUGAGCAGAUAGGAACGCUCUCUAGUCCCAGAGCUGCUUUGCAUGCUGUUGUAGCAUUAAACAAGCUCUUCUGUCAAAAGCAGCAAAAACAAAACCCCUCAUGCUGGUCACAAUCUGCAGGCUGAGUCACAUGACAAGUACAUUGUGAUUAACAAGAAGAAUCUGUUCCCUGCUGUUUCAUUUUCCCUUGGGAUUUAGUAAUGAUGUUUAAUACAUUUGUGCAGGGAAGCUCACUUCCUUGUACAUCUCUUUAUGUACCUCAGUCCAGAUGUAGAGGAAGAUUUGCCUAGGGCACAGAGAAGCAUAUUCCAGCAUUGCCAUUUCUGGGCUUCUGAGAAACUGCUCCUGAAAGUACCAGCUGUACUGGGCUUUUGCAGAGGUUGGGUCCUUAUCUCUGAAGAGCUGAGUGAACAAUAGUUAAAUACAGUAGCUACAUCACAAUUGACUAUUAUAACUAAGCUAGAAGGGUCAUAUUCACCUCCCCCUCUGGUACAACAUCCCAUCUCACUGAUUUCACUGCAGUAAUGAUGGCUCCUCACUAGCUUGCUUGACAGAGGACAGGAAUCUCCUGCUCAGAGGAAGUUGCCAUCAGUGUUGUAGCCCCGCAAGUGCUCUUGGAGAGCACAACUCACAGGAGGGCUUUGAAUUGCCAAACUGAAGAAAAUUAGCUUGUCUUAAAUUGACUUUUUGUUUCAUCUACAGAAAGAAGCUGCUCUCUUUAUUGGUUUCUCCUGUCACUGAAUAGGAUAAUAUUUUUAUUAAUGUUUUUAUUUCCCUCCACCAGCAGGUACCUGUGAAAAACCCAACAUGAGCUUUAAUGCUUCUUGCUGGAACCAUCAUCAGCAAUCCCUGCUCUGGGAUGCAAUGUGUGGGAAAGCUUGUUCUGUGACAUUUGUGCAACAUCCUGCCUUUUUCCACUAUCAUCCCAAAGACCAUGGGAUUUUUAUUUUAUGGGGUUUUUUAAAUCUAUAUCCUCAUUCCUAAAUGAGGGAAACAUUGCACACCUGCUGAGCAGAUGGUGAUGCAGCAGAGUCCAGAUUUUUAGUCGGUAGCCUGUUACACUCUUCCUGCUCUCUUGUAAGGUUGGAUACUGUAGGCUUGUUUCUGAUGGAAGCCAGACUAUUUCUACUCUUCUCCCAUCUCAAAGAAAGGAUGGAGAAAACCUUUCUUGGCUGGGAUGUGUAUCUUUCCUGAGGUGUAGGUAGCUGUUCUUUGAGGUACAGCUAUGACUUCCUCUAGUGAAGUGUGUGUUAACCUGAGCAGUUCUCCCUUUGCAGUGGCUGUUAUGAAUGAAAGGAAAAGCCCAGUGUUGCUGAGUUAUUUAAUAGUCCAUACCGGAUUAGGCAACUGUUGGCAGCUUGAAAGAGAAAAUGCCUGUGGCUCACUAAGAUCACCCCUUUUGGCCCACACCUCUCUGCCUCUUGAAGGUACUGAUCUGCAGAGUAGUUUGUCUUCUCUAUUGUCUGCAGAGUGCAGAGCAGCUUGUAUGGCUGCCAUUGCGUGUGUCUAACUUCGAGGACAGAGAAACACUAUUGAACUCAGUUGCCUGCCUGGUGCCUGCUUGCCUUUUUUUUUUUUUUUUUUUUUUUUUUUUUUUUUUUUUUUUUUUUUUUUUUUUUU